AUGCAUCAUUCAUCAUCAAUACACAACCAAAAGGUGUUGUUGACUCUGAUGGUGUUGGUACUUUUGAUGUGCUCAUUGGAUCCAGUGAGUGCAGUCAUUACCAAAAUAUCAUCUAGGUCUUCAUGGCUUGGCGGUGGCACCUCAUUCCAAUUGGAUGGUACAGGAUUUGCCUCUAUACCCAUCGUACAAAUAAGAACCUCUGCUGGUGUUGCCGUACCAUUCGCCUUUGUCGGCCAAGUUGGCACCAUCUACACCUACACCGUGCCACCCGAGCCCCCCGGAGGUGGUAAGAAGCGCCACACCAGUCUAGACUUCGCAUUCGACAUCUUAGAGGGUGCUGUCAACUUACUCACUGCUGAUUUCUCCUAUCUUGUCCCUGUCGUCAGGGUGGGCACAAUUGGCUGUACAGUGAAAGACCACAAGAUCACAAAGAUCGUAUGUACCUUGGGCGACCAGCCAGCAACUGGAGCACUCCCUGUCACAAUCACACUCUACACUGGCUUUGUCGUCACUGGUCCCAAACAGUUUGAUGUCGUUGAUCCUGUCAUCGACGACAUUGCCCCUGCGUCCAUUACUGGUGGUAUGGCGCAGGUUAUCGCAUUGAAUGGUAACUUCCUAUUUGAUGAUCCUCAUAACAUACAGUCACAGAUCACCUUUGGCGGUGAGGACUGUACAAACAUUGUGAUUGUCAGCUCCAAGCAGAUCACAUGUACAUCGCCCCUCUUUACCGGUGUAGCACCCGGCACGUCCCAGAACAAAGUGCUUGCAAUGACCAUCGGUCCACAGAACGUCCUAUCCGCAAUCAACCUUGAGGUCUACGAACCGGUAAUAACAUCUAUUCUACCAAAGGAGGGUUUGUCCGCUGGUGGAACGACUAUAAGAGUGACUGGAUUAUUCCUCCAGGAGGUCACCGCCGUGACUAUUGGUGGAUCAGAUUGUGCAGUGGAUCCAAUCUCAGUCACAGCCACUCAGUUUGAUUGUGAGACCUCAGCCUACAACCUUGCCGGUGCCAAUGAUGCCUCAUUCCCCCUUGUAGCCACAAUCGGAGGACAAGACUACCAAUCCCCUCCCAGCGAGCAGUUCAAAUAUUUCAUCCCCGUCAUCCAAGCAUUGUUACCUAUCAACACAAUCACAAAGGGUUCUUACUUGUUGGAGGUACAGGGUCUUAACUUUUAUGGUGUGACAGCUGUAAAGGUUGGCCCGGUAACAGCCAAUGUAUUCAAGCCAACGACCAAUGACAAGUCAAUAUUCUUUGAUGUGGACGCUUCAUUGUUGACGGCUGGGAACAACGCCGUCACGGUUGAGAUUGGAACUGUCUCGUCCAACGCGAUGAACUUCCCCGUGUUGACUCCGACCCUUGGCGCGUCAGUCCCUGUCGAUGGAUUCCUCCAUACUACCACCCUCAUCACCAUCCCCAUUACCAACUUCCCCACGCCACCCAACGGCGCGGCAAUCAACACGCUCACCAAGGUGUUCAUCAACGCCAUUGAGUGCACGGGUUUGGCCAUGCCCAGUGCUACACAAUUCUCGUGCAAUGCCCCCGUCGCCGCCGCCGCUGGCACCUUCCCCAUAACAUUCAAGGUUUACGAACAAAACUAUGACCCUGCCCAGACCUUCACCUACUUUGACCUCAACAUUGCCGGCCAGACACAGUCGACCACGAUGCCCGCCGGUGGUGGAGUGCUUACCCUCAAUGGAGCUCAUCUCGACUUUGUUCAAACAGUCACCAUCAAUGCAGUGCCAGUUGCUGGAUGUGCUAUAACCGCAGCCCAGAUCACAUGUCCCAUCCCGCCAAACCUUCCCGGCAACUACCCCGUAACAGUGAUUGCCAGUGGCGUACCAUACAUUUCGCCGUUUCCCAUCAACUAUAUUGGACCCAACUUGAUCGAUAUCAGUCCCAUCCAGGGUAACUCUAAACGUAUCGUACCCAUAACACUGGGAGGCAACAAUCUUGGUGCUGUAGCCGCUGCCAUCACAAUCACUGUGGGUGGUGUGAACUGUCCAAAUGUGGUAGUCAAGCCACAAGUCGGUGGUUUGGAUCAAAUAGGUUGUGACGUGCCAAUCACUGCCGCCGGUAUGCAUGCAGUUGUGAUCAAUGUUGUGCCCGGUGGUGGUGGCCCGGCUGUAGCCUCCAUCAACAAUGUACAAUACAAGUCCAAUGGCCUCGCCUGUCUUUCCCCACCACUUGCCGACGGAUCCAACUCACCUGUCGACUGGUGGUUCACCUACAAGCUGCGCAAGACCACGAAUGCCAAGUACCUCUACAUGGACAACACUCGCGACCAACUCGUCAGGCUGACUCAUUUGUCCAACGUCAACGGACCACCCUACAGCGCCCUGGCCGCCACCUUUGAUCAAUACCACGACUACUUCUUUGCAUUCUUCAACGACCAGCAGGGUGGUCGUGACCCCGCCGGCAAGCGUGCCCGCCCGUUCAACUCACCAUUCGGCCACGGCCAUCUCAAGGGCUUCGUUAUCUUCCAGUACAACGCCGCUACGGCGGACUAUGAGGGCAUCCACGUCUUGCAUUCCAACCCAGUGUUCCCAGCAAUCAACGGAAACACCUUCUACAAUGUCAACCAACGAAUGCAAUGGCUGGGCGAGGCCGACAACAACCAGCACUUCUUCUGCUACCCCUUCACCAGCAUCGAGAUGCCCUUCAACUACCUUAUCCACAACGACGCCAGCAUGUACACCAAUCGCAACCUGCCCAACCUGGCUGGAUGGAACCAGGCCACACAGAACACCUUCCCUUUCUUCUACGACUACAUGUCACUGUGGCUGGGACUGCCACCACGUAUUCAGAUCGCACCCGCGCCACCCACCUGCAACCAAGUGUGUUUCCAACAGGCGUGCGAGGCGGCCAUCGCCGCCAACCCCAAUGUCAUAGACAUUUGCUACUGGCAAUCGGCCCCAUUCAACAUUGGCGGCAGGACUGCCAACUACUUUAUGAAGACAACGAUCGAACCCAAUAACGUCCCGUUCCCACCCGUCGUAGCGGUCAUGCCACCUGCUCUCAGUCGCUUCAUUGUGGUCAACAACAACAAAAACACAUACGAUGGUAUCGACAUCUGGACCGUCGUCGCCAACUCCUACCAACGCAUGAUGUUCGUUCAAAUGUUCUACAAGACUCCAGUCCAAAUGCUUUCAAGCAAUGCCGUCAUCAAUGUUGGUUACCUUCAUCUACCACCUAACCUGUGUGAGAGGACCUUGAAUGGUGCAAAUUGGGAGUAUUCAGAUUAUGCAUAUUCUGGAAAGUCUAACGAGCACUCCAAACUAGGAUUCCCAAUGUACCCAGUAGUCGGCGCCAAUGCCAUGGCAGCCAACGAGAACAUGUUCUGUGUUGGUGACUCCAACAGACAUAACGGACAAGGUGCAAGAGGUGGAGGUGUGUUGUGUUUCCAACAUCCAACUUUGUCAUUCCAGUACAGUAGCAUGGUUAGGUCGUAUAACUCUAUUACGACAGCCACGGGACUGAUGCAGAGACCUUCAGCUGGCGACUCAAUGUACCUUAGAGAGGCUAUAAUACAGCCGUUAAAGUUCACCAGGGGUGCCUGGGCCAAUGAUAUCACCUUUGAGAUCAGAGAGGCAAUCAACGGCGCCGUCACCGCCAUGUUGCCACCCUUAAUGGGUGUCAUAACCUUUGCCACCAUGGCCAACCCCUCCGACGUAUCGCCAGAGUUCUUGACGCUGAGGAACAGUUUGGUCAAUUGUGGAGGACCGUCCAACAACCUUGGAAGCAUCGCACCCCAGGUGAGCAUCAGUGGAUACGUCUCAGAUGACACAUUCGCCAUCAUGUACGUUGCAGCCGAUGUCCAAGUCGCAUCGAUGUGUGAUAGUGACCCCGCCGUGUUCCCACCAGCAGCUUGCACUCAAGCCAAUGCCCGCCGCACUAGGAUGCCCGAGACUGUAGCCAUGCCACCGCCUCCCCCCCUGGUGUUCCCCAACGCCUAUAACCAAGACUACCUUGAAACUAUGACCCUACGUACAUUCGACAUCGUGCCCAUCAAUGAUUUCCAGGUCAUCCAAUUCACCGAUGUGUUGCGACGUGUGCUAGUGAUGAAUCCGGCCACUCUGCCCCCGAUCCAGUACAUUGUUGAUGGCGCGGUGCAGGUGCCCUCAGUCCAAACCCAGUAUACCAUCCGUAAGCUUGCGCCCAUCUGUGAGGAGGAGCUGUCAUAUGACGUAGUGUUGGCGUACGUGUACCAGCAGUCCAACUUCCCACCACAGGCCCAGACAAUCUACAUGAUCGACACUGCCCUGCCUAACUGGGCCAACGGUGUGUUGUACGCCAUUGCCAAGUACAUCUACAACUCGAUCCCCGGCGCCUUCGUCAAGACUGGCGCAUUCAACCCAUGCGUCGUACAAUACUUCCCGAAUAUGCCCAACAUUGAGACGUACACCGAGCCCAAACCCGUGGACAUUACCACGCCAUCACAAUGGGAUCUGUUCUACCGCACGGCUGAGGCCACAUGGGACAUGAUGUCCAUGUCGAUCGCCGAUGGCAAUGGAGGUAGGACUCCGCGUGUCAAUAACGCCGACGUCAUCCCCUGGCAAACAAUCCUCGCCCAAGUGAUCGGGCUCCGCCAGGCCAAUGGCGUGACCUCGUUCGCACAGAUGUUCGCAAUUAUGGCCUUGGCCAACCCUGCCUACGAUACUCCCACCAACAAGCAAUCACUCAUCAACAACUAUUUGGUCGCGCCACCACCUAUUGGUGUCCCAGUGCCCAGGCUCUUUGCCCUCCCACACUCCCUCGUUCAUGCUUCCGCACCGCAGAUCAACGCUCAUGCCGAUCGCCUAUUCCCCAGCUUGGUUCCCCUGGCCAUCGGAGCUCAGUACCUCGAGCAACCCAUCCAACAAUUGCUGGAUGCACACAAGUCAUUCACCAACAGUUCGAUAUUCUAUCUGAGCGACGAUGAGAUGACCAAGUUGAUCCAGUCCAUGAGGAAAUGGGCCACGAUCACAGGCGUCAACCAGGCCGUCCAAGUGCUGAUUGCCAAUCCCUGGUCUCAAACACAGAACCAGCCAAUCCAGUUCAUCUCGGAGCUGAACCGCGACCAAGUGGGCAGUGUGAUUGAUCUAUGCUACAACUCAAUCAAUGUAGACGACACUUUGAUUGCGGUCUGCUCGCCAAUGACUAUCAACUCCAUGACCUUCUUCAUUGAGAGCGCCAUGGUGUCGGCCGUCUCUUCUCAGGUUCAGUAUGGCGACUUCAACGCCUACUUCCUGCCCAAGCCGCCCAACUAUAACGGAUCCAUUGGCACAGAGUAUGGUGGUAUGGCCAUCGCAACGAUCAACUCAAAGAUCUGUGACAUCCAAAUGAUGAGCUCUGGCGACUUCUUCUCGCACAACUUUGACAACCUGUGCGCGGGCAUCGGACCCGUAGUCGUGAACAUCACCAGCACCACAGGCCCAACAGCUGGCGGCGUAACAUCCACCAUCAAUGGCUUCAGAUUCAACUCGACCCUCAACAUCCAGAUCGGAGACGACUACCAGGUCGCCGAGCCACAGGUCAUCUCACCAUGGCAGAUUGAGUUCCAAACGCCAGCGGGUGUUGGCACGCGCUUGGAGUUCCACUUCUUCAGCAACACGACAUUGUACAAUCUCCAGCGCACCAGGUUCUACUUCUCGUUCGAUGCGCCCACCGUCACAGACGUGGCACCCAACACACUUGACAGCCAGGGAGGUACGAUGCUCACGAUCACUGGAGACAACUUUGGCAGCGACCCAUUCUCUGUGGACGUCACAAUCGAUGAAAGCACACCGUGCUACCCUGUCGUGGGCAUCACGACCACCAUGUUGGCAUGCUACUCACCGUCGGGCGUCGGCCAGGACAAGACGGUUACGGUGAAGGUCGGAGGCCAGACAUCAAAGUUCACGAUUGAGACCAUCCCCACUAUGUCCUUUGACUACCAGGCACCAGAACUUCAACAAUUCUUGCCCCCAUCAGCGGAUGCUGGUGACUUUGUUGUGAUCCAUGGUGAUGGAUUCGGUUCGAUCGCUGAUGGAUACGGCCCACCCAUGGUGUUCAUGGGAGAUCAGUUGCUCCAAGUGGUCGACUACAGCAACACAUACAUCAAGGUGCGUUUGGAUGAGGGAGUCGGAAGCAAUCAGAGCAUUACCAUUCAGGCUGGCGAUCAAUCAUCAAUCUCAAACACUCAGUUCGGAUACCUCCCACCCUUGAUCACUGGCGUCAUCCAGUCCGACCAGCUGUCCACCGCAGGUGGCGCAGUCCAGAUCAUCGGUGAGGGUUGGGGAUUGGCCGCUACAGAGAUCGACUACAUCCGCAUCGGCAACAUUGAACUCGCCUACUGCAAUCCCUUUGACACGUUCGUUGAGUGUCUAGUGCCCCCAGGUGUUGGAGCCAAGCUACCCAUAACAGCAUCAGUUGGUGGACAAGUGGCGACAUACGGAGCAUAUGACAACUAUGUAUCAUACGCGCCCCCAGUCAUCACUGGCUACCGAUUCUUCAACAAUGGCACCACAAACAUGAUCAUGUUGAUGGGUCGUAACUUCUUCCCCGCGGCUGCCGGUGUCAAAUGGACAAGAUCAUCAUACAUCGAUAUCAAGUACACUGACAACAGUAUACUAAAGUGCACCACUGGAUUCGUCAACAGCUCAUACGCUCAAUGUCCCCUGACAUCUACCGUCGCCAGUCUGAUCAUGUCCGUGGGCGGACAACUCUCUGAUGAUUUGUACAUCAGCAACUCCACAUACCAGUUCCAACUGUUCGUGUUCAAUGAUACCAAUAAUGAUGGAGUGUACAACUCAAGCAGUGACCCGCCAAUGGCCAACGUUGCCGUUACCCUCAUCAACCCACUGGGUGCCGCUCAAACAUUCAUCUCUAGUGCCUCUGGCUACGUCAUUGGCAUGAUCGUCCAGAAUGAGUACGUGGUCUCAAUCAACACCAGCUCCUACUCCAAAGCAUUCCCUUCGUUAAACAACAUAACCAUCGACUUCUACGAGAACGUCAACCUCACCAUCCCCGUAACCAACGCCAACAUCUACGGUUGCAUUGGCACCCUCUUCUCCGAACGUGCAGUCAUGCAAGUACAAUGGGGAUUGACACAAAUAUCCAACUGGGACUUCUGUGAUACAGACUACAAGGUCUACUGUAACAACCCCAUCACCAGAACACAUUUCCCAGAUGGCUGUAUCCCAUUGUUUAGUAACAACACGGUUAAUGUUAGAUACAGUACUACAUUGACCAUCAAUAACUACAUGGACAAUAACAUGACUGGAAGAUACACUGGCAUUGCACCACCCCAGCAAGCAUACUUCUUCGUACUCACGUACUCUUGGAAUGGAAUUAGCACUUGGUCAAAUACUAUCACGCCCUCGAUCUCUGGUGUCUACACGGACGCCACCAUCCCGCCAGUGCCCGUCAACAUCACCUUCUGGCCUCGAACCAACUCACUCAUACCAAUCGUCAACAGACAUGUGUUCAACGUGCCCGCAACCAAGGAGGUAUCAUUCCACUCUGUAUACUUUGGAUUCUACGACGCGUACUCCAACGCCUCCAACACAUUGUAUCCACCAUCAUUGUUCUCCCAACUUGAUGGAACCAGGGGAGACACGAUGAGUCUGCCACUGGGCAAGUACAACGUAGCAUCACUGCUUGCCGAAUACUCAUUUGUCAACAACACUCGAUCAUUCUUUGGCAACACAACAUUCUACAACGUGUAUGUCUACACCAAUGACAGCGCCAACAGUGUCAUCACUGGUAUACCGACGAAUGGUAUCGUCAACCUUGUGCCCAUGGCCCAACCGCCCAUCGGUGUCCAGUUUGAGAUCUCCUCAUCGACGCUGUUCAGCUUCCUCACGCCAUCCAGCGCACUGAACACUCAAGGCCAGAAUGUAACAUUCGCAACACCCUACAUAUUUGAGCAACCAGUCUACUCGGUCGAUGUCCAAGGAGUGUCAACAGUGAUACCCUGCUCGACCAAUGCUAUACAACAGUCAACAUGUAACUUCCCUGCCAACAGUGGUGGACAACAUAACAUCACACUGACAUGGCGUGGACUGCCACUCUACCAGACAUAUCCAGUUUGGUAUAAAUCCAGUUAA